GUUUGAUAUUAGACCAUUAGACGAUGAGAAAUCAUAAAAAUGUAAUAUCAAAAGUCCUUGGUUUACUAGUAAUAUUUGGGCUUUCAGUUGAAGUGUCAUUAUCGAAAUCUCGAAACCAAAGAUUUAUUAAUAGAAAAAUUAAAUUAACAAAAAAUGAAGAUGUUGGUACUGUUUUAUUUGAUACUGAUGAUUUCGAAAAAACUUGCUGGAAUGAUGAUGAAUUAAUUUUAAUUCUAAGUAAAACUGUCUUUCAAAAUAUGCUACCUGAGGCAAACACAUUAGACUAUGAUCAUGAUGAGUAUAUUGAUCAUUUUAUGGAAUACGUUAAUAAAUGCCAAGAACAAGUUCAACAAUUAGCACAAAAAAAAUUAAAACAUCUUGUUUCAAAAGCUUUUGCUGAUACAAUUGGUGGAUAUCUUAGAGUUUAUAUUUUACCAAAUACAAAAAGAUCAUAUUACGCUGGUAAUAUUGAUUUUCAAAAAGCCAAAAAAUUAUUUGAUUUAUAUGAUGAAUUUAAAAUUUUUUUACGAACUAAUGGUGAGGGUUGGAAUAAGCCAAUUGAAUCAAACACACAUAUGAAUAUUAAAAAAAUUGAUGUUACAUUUGGACAAGAUAAAAAUCAUUGUGAUGGAUUAAUUCUUUAUCAUGAUGCUGAUGGUUCUGUUUCUGUUCCCAUGCCAAUUUUAGAUGAUUCCCAGCAUCCAACCAGCAUAGCAUUGCCAUUUGAGAGCGACAAUCUCUGCUCAUUGUUUAGUGAAAAAUCAGCAUUUAUUAUUGUAAAAUAUUUUACAACUGGAUCAAAAUGUUUGGCAUCAUCAAGUUCAGCUAAAAUGGAACUUGAAAGAUUCGAAAAACAACUUCAUCAAUGGAUUGAAAAAUCAGUUAAUCCACAUUUACAUGAAGAAACAUGGUAUCCAGCUUUUGGUGGUAUUUUAAAAAUAAUUGUCACUCUUGAGGCAAAAGGUCACAAUUCAAAUUUGCCUAUUCCUAGACAUAAUGUCAAUUAUCAAGUAUUACCAAAUAAUUUUGAAGGACAUAAAAAACAUUUAAAAAAUCCAACAGAGAAUAACGAAAAAUGUGGAAUCAAUGAAUUUUUGAUUGUUGUUAUUGUUUGUAUUUUAUUGAUUUGGUUGCUUCUUGGUAUUAUCUUUGUCACUUGUAGACUUUUAAAAAAUAAUACAUGUGAAGAUGUGAGUGAUUCACAUGAUCAUCAAGGUAAUUAUAAAAUUGAUGAUUUAUAUGAAAAUGCAAAAUAUCCAUUGCAUGAAAAUUCAUCAAAUUGUGAGGGUGGUUUAUUGAAAAAAUUAACA